CGGUGGCGGCGCCUAAGGUAGUUCCUGACGAAAGCCCAGGGACUGCUACAGAUAGACGGACUGACAAACCGACGGACGGCCAAGUGGAUCCACGGCUGAGUUGUUAUUACCAUACCUACAGAUGAAGAAACUGAGACUGAGAGGAUAAGUAGUUGGUCCAAGGACACCCAUUUCAUAUGUGGGAGAACCAGGGUUGUGCCUGACAAAAACCUGUGCUUUGACCACAUUCCUGUGCUGUCUCCCAGCCUUUGCGUGGCCAGUGGAUUCUCUCUUGGCUGGGCUCAGUUCAGGGCCAGAGGAGUAAGAGCAGCAAAAACCACACUUGGCAACAAUGUCAGUGGAACUGGAGACCUCAGAGGGGGUAGAAGAGUCGGAGAAAAACAGCUCCCGGGCCCCAGAAAGAGAAAACCACACCAGGAUGGUCGACCUCUCUGAGCUCCUGAAGGAAGGGACCAAGGAAGCACAUGACCGGGCAGAAAACACCCAGUUUGUCAAGGACUUCUUGAAAGGCAAAAUCAGAAAGGAGCUAUUUAAGCUGGCCACUACUGCACUUUACUUCACAUACUCAGCCCUUGAGGAGGAAAUGGACCGAAACAAGGACCAUCCAGCCUUCACCCCUUUGUAUUUCCCCAUGGAGCUGCACCGGAAGGAGGCACUGACCAAGGACAUGGAGUAUUUCUUUGGUGAGGACUGGGAGGAGCAGGUGCAGUGUUCUGAGGCCACUCGAAAGUAUGUGGAGCGGAUCCACUAUGUGGGGCAGAAUGAGCCGGAGCUGCUGGUGGCCCAUGCCUAUACCCGCUACAUGGGGGACCUCUCAGGGGGACAGGUGCUUAAGAAGGUGGCCCAGCGGGCCCUGAAACUCCCCAGCACAGGGGAGGGGACCCAGUUCUACCUGUUUAAGAAUGUGGAAAACGCGCAGCAGUUCAAGCAGUUCUACCGGGCCAGGAUGAACGCCCUGGACCUGAACCUGAAAACCAAGGAGAAGAUCGUGGAGGAGGCCAACAAGGCCUUCGAGUACAACAUGGAGAUAUUCAAUGAACUGGACCAGGCUGGCUCCAUGCUGGCCAAAGAGACUCUGGAGGAUGAGCUCCCCAUGCACAACGGGAAAGGAGAUGUGCGUAAAUGCCCCUAUUAUGCUGAUAAACAAGUCAAAGGUGCCCUGGAGGGUGGAAGCUGUCCCUUCCAAACAGCCCUGGCUGUGCUGAGCAAGCCCGGCCUGCAGUUCAUUCUGGCGACUAGUGUGGCCCUGGUUGCUGGCCUCUUGGCCUGGUACUACAUGUGAAAGACCCAUCACAUCAUGUUGGCGCCCUCUUCCUGAGUGACUGCUGGCCGGCUCCCACCUCCACCUGUGACAAAACCACCACCCCAGGUGACUUUUUAAAAAAUGCUGGGUUUGAGAAAAGCAACCAAUAAAAGCCAGACAUGAAAGCCUCUGCCUAUUAUUGUCCUCUGUGGGCCAGAUGCUGAACUGGGUACAGACCUACUGUUCCUGCAGCCAUCCAGGCUGUGGCACUGGAAACAGCCAGUGCAA